AUGACUAAGUUUGAAUCUGUUUCUAAAACAUCUAUCAUCGAUUUGAUAGGAAUUGCGUUAGAAACAGGAUUCAACUCUGCCAAACAGGUAUCUGAGCUUAUGGGAGCUGAUGAAGAGACAUUAAUAGCACAAAGUAGAGCUACAGCUUAUUUACCUUCAAAUUCGAUUACAAACGCUAAUAAUUUGGAUGACAUCAUUAAGCAUGCUACCAAUAAGAUAGAAUCCCUUCUUGAAGAAAUUAAAAACGAAAAUUCAGCAGAUUUAUUUUUACAAAUUGGACGUUGCUACUAUAUUAUUGGAGAUUUCCCAAAUACCUACGCAUCCUUCAUUUCAGCUUCACGCUACGAUCCUGAAAAAUUCACAAAUUCGGACUGGUACUAUUUUGGCUCUUUGCAUCAACACUUCACAGGUGAUAAUAAAGCACUUGAAUGCUUUAGCAAAGUUGAUCAAGGGAAAUUAUCUAAAAAGCAACUGAAAGAUUUCAAAAUGAGAUUUGCUAUUUCAUAUCGUCAUUCGAAGAAAACUGACUUUGCGUUACAAUUGUUUAAUUCUUUACUGAACGAUCCUCCAGAAAAAUUAACAAAAGAGGAUAUUUUAUUGCAAAUCGCAAUGACACAUUACAAAUCUCUAAGAAUUGAAGAUUCAUUCAACCAAAUCCAAUCAUUACUAAAAACAUUUCCGAAUAAUCAAUAUCUCAUUCGUGAAAAGGUUAUUCAUCAAUUCUUGACCUGCACAACACAGGAUUUGAACAGUAUAUUACCAGAAAUCUUAGAUGUUUAUAAGCAAUAUCCUGAUUAUUACAUCCAAUUAGUUCUUGCCAGAAUUUAUUAUUUUUUGGGUUCCUAUUUAGUUUCGUACGAAUACUUUAAAGGAUGCCUUGAUUUUUGGUCAGAUCAUCCCCCGUUUUGGGUUGCCCUCGGAUUGCUUUAUUUUCAAAAUAGACAACAUGAUCAUGCUGCCGUUGCUUUCCAAAGAGCUAUUUACAUGAAACAGACAAGUAGAUCAGCGUGGCUUAACCUUGGUCUUGUUUUCGAAGAGAAAAGAGAACUAGAAAACGCUAUAAACAUAUACAGAACUGGCGCUAAACAAUGCAACCAUCCGGACUUCAUAAAUAGGAUAAAUAGAAAGGGAGAAUCAAAUCUGAUCGAAGUGGAUGACAAUGACUUACUCGAACAAGUUCCAGAAAUGGUGGAAAAAAAGUAUCUCAGAACAAUUCCUGUUAUAGAUACAAAAUUCAUUGGAAAGAAUCGUAGUAAUGAGUUCAUCGAUCCAUUAUUCCAAUCUUUGUCUAUUUUUUAA